UGCUAUAUCGUUAACAAAUACCCCCAUAUGGCGUCUAACUACCUCAAGUAUGCAGUGCUGCUUCAGAAGUACAGGACGCCGCUGCUUGUUGCGAGCUGCGGCGGGGUCUUUGCGGCCAACAUGUUCUACCAUGCUUGCCCCGACAUCUCCUACCGUCAGCUCUAUCAGGCCUGGUCCAAAGGAGAACCGGUCGCGCUGUCCGAAAAGCUGGAGGACGUUUUCCAGCAGGUGCUGAAGGACUACGGAAUCCACUCACCCAAGAACUUCUCCGCCUUCGCCUCCUUUGGGUUUCAUCCGGUUGGUGCCGGUGUCCCUUGGCUCCCCGCCGGAGCCCAAAUCGGCAUCCCAGCAAACUUCAACAGCACGCCCGACGACACGAGCGGGAUCACCAACCGCACCAUCUACAUCAACGGCAAAAUGGUGGACUGGAGCAGCGACAGCGGCGCGGCUCUGCAGCAGAGCCUGGUGUUCUCCCGCGAUGCGCAGAGGUUUGCCGUAGCACGAGAGGUGGCCCGCUUGCAGUCUGGAGGACCCGUGUUGAGUGCUGCCGUCGCCCCGCUCUGCCUGGGUGGCGUUUGGGUGUACAGCGUACUGAUGAAGCAGCUGUUUGGCCUCCACGGCGGCCCUCCGCUGCUUCGCGGCGCCGUGAACGUUGUGGCGCUGGGCGUGGGGGCGGUGUCCUACUUCCUCUCCUCGGAUGCCGUCAGCCAGUGGGUCGACUGUAACUCAGACCGGCGAGCGGCGGGAGUGUCCCGGGAUUACGCCAAAGGAGGGGUGGAGUUUUACGAUAAGAUUCUGUCCCGAAACAAGACGCUGCGUUCCCUGAUGGGGCAGAAGGGAGAAGAGAUGUACGCCCUGAGCGGGAACCUGUUUCCUGCUCACAUCUUUCAGCUGAAGCACACGCCGUACACAUCCAGGAGGGACGGGAUCCUCACUCUGCUGAGAGAGGAAAAGGCUUAAAAAGUCCCCUGAUUGCAUCUGAUGAGCUUUUUUAGAUUUAAACGUCAUGUUUAUUUGAAUACCUAAUGGGGGAAAAAAAUAAACAUUUCUGAAACCUGUUUCAGAACAAGUGAUAAAAUA